AUGGUUGGGCAUAUCGCACCUUCGCCUCAGCCUAAACAAAGCCCGCCGGAGAAGAAGAAGAAGAAGCAGAAGCAGAAGAAGAAGAAGAAGCAGAAGAAGAAGAAGAAGAAGCAGAAGAAGAAGAAGAAGAAGCAGAAGAAGAAGAAGAAGAAGAAGAAGAAGCUGGUCCUUCUUCCUGCUCUGGCCUUCCAAUUGGACAUUAACCACAAUACGAAUGGGUUCUAUGGCGUCAACGAACCCUUGCUGUCCUCUGCCCUGGCCGCAGUCGGCUUCAGUCUUAUGUCGGUGCAGCCCAUUACUGUUGUCGGCAUCACCGGUUUGAUAUCGCCGUUCAACUAUACAAUUUUCCACAUCAUCCAGAUGCACGAUUGCGACUACAUGCGGACCGUCACCGACUUCUCCUCAGAAACGUUUGCCUUGUACGUCGGCACAAUCUAUAUCAUCAAGGGCGUAGAAGCACUCAGCGUCAAUUUCUACGACGGCAAGUUCUUCAACGGGUUCGCUUCUGCCGUGGUUGCCAUCCUCUACACGCUGUCAAUCUAUUUUCUUGAGUACAUAGGCUCGACGACCUACUUCAACGGCAUGGUCCGCGCUUUGCUCUCCGACUACGCCUAUCCCAUUGCGACCAUUUUCUGGACGGGGUUCUCGCACUUUCCUGGCAAUCUCGCUGCUGUGGACUUCCAGCGUCUUCCCGUGACGAGAUCAUUCCAUCCGACGAUACACCGCCCUUGGGUCGUCGAGUUCUGGAACAUGCCCGUCCAAUGGAUCUUUGUCGCGGCGCCCAUUUGGAUUCCUCAUGACUUUACUCUUUUACUACGACCACAAUGUCAUUUCGCUCACCGCGCAGUUUUCAUUGGGAUUUUUUCCUCCUCGGAUGGACGUGUCUGGUGGCUGGCUUUCCUCGACAUCCCGCUGCCCAACGGCCUGGUCCCUCAGGCACCCGUGCACACCGACUCGCUUACAAACUACGUCGACGACGUGCGAGAAAUUAAAAACGACGAUGCGAAUCAGCCACCUGCUCAUGGCACUGGCCAUCAUCGGGACAAAGACGCGACCCUGGCCGUGCUACAACUCAUGGUGCGAGCUCUCUUCAGCGGCGUUUUCUUCGCAGUCAGGUGGAGCUCCCUCGAGAGCAACGGGAUCGUGAAGAAGAUCCUGUUCCUCCUCCGGGAGAGGCGAUUCCAGCAGCCGGAUGACGAACUGCUCAAGAUCCGAAAUCGGGUCAUUGCGCACUUUGCCUUCUGGCGAUUGCUCGGCUGGGCGGCCACGGUCGCGAUAUCGCAGACGAUCACGGCGAUCGGGUUUCCCAUGCUGAUUGUGGCGUUGAUACCUUUCCGAUGGGUCGUGAUGCCGAAGCGAUUCUCGCGCGAGGAGCUCGAGGUCAUGGACAACAUGACGGCGACGAACAAAGUGGUGCUCGUCAGCCUGGGUGGCAAGUCCGAAAUACCGGAAGUCCGCCUGAAGAGAGAAAAGGAAGAAAGGGACGAGGAAUGUGGGAGGGCUAGGGACAACGAAGAAAGGAAGCAAGGGGUAAAAGGGACAGGUGAGUUAGAACCCGACGAUGGCGAUCUCCAGUUGCGGCGCCGGAUUACCUCAAGAGAGGGCAGAAGGACGGCGAGCCUCGUGCACGAAGCUGAGAGAAAGCGCGCGAGGCGGAGGCUCGAGAUCGAACAGGACCACAGCUACGGUGUCAGUAGGGUAAGGAGCGGGAGUGUCCCAAGGUAG